UAAAAGAAUAUUUGGAAUUUCACAAAACAAAAUGCCUGCAGCAUUGUACUGCUACUUCACCACCACAAUUCUUCUGGUCCUUAUCUCAAGCACAAAUGCUGCAACAAGGCACAGCCAGUACCUAAGCCAGGCUAACCAAUUUUUGGUUCCCCAAAAUGCUGCCCGGUCAGCCACCAAAAUGAAGCCAUUGGUUUGGGAUGCGAAGUUGGCAAGGUAUGCACAAUGGUAUGCAAACCAAAGGCGAUACGACUGCGCUUUGAGGCACUCAAAUGGCCCUUAUGGAGAGAACAUUUUCUGGGGUAGUGGCACCGGGUGGACGCCGGCUCAGGCAGUGGCGGCAUGGGCUUUGGAGAGCAGGUGGUACAAUUACUGGUCUAAUUCUUGUGCUAGAGGGCAGGAAUGUGGGCAUUAUACACAGAUUGUGUGGAGGUCCACAAGAAGAGUUGGGUGUGCCAGAGUCACUUGUUUGGGUGGUAGGGGUGUGUUCAUGGUUUGCAACUAUGACCCUCCUGGGAAUUAUAUUGGAGAAAGGCCUUAUUGAAUAUUUCAUAGAAAUUGGAUGCUGUUUAUGUGCCUUUGGGGCUGGCAACAACGGAGAGUAUUUAUGUGGAUUUUUCUAAUCUCUGUUUAAUUAUAACUAAUAAUAUUACAGGAUUAUAUUAUAUAA